AGACUUUCAGGGUCCACACGCCAUUCCAGCCGGACCUACUUCUACACUACUUGACCUACUUGGCUGCAAAACUAGUGCGCACCCCCAUCUUAAACCUUCACUCACACCUUGGAAAUACUUGACCGACCGCCUCUUGCUCUCACACCUUUCUCCUUCAACGCUUGUCCUCGUGUUUGUGAAAACUCUACCAAACCUGCUCUCCUACCCCCCUGCGCUAGCCAAACUGUUAAAAGGUUCUCACUCUCCAAUGUGUAACCUUCUGUUCUACACCUGCGCUAUAUUCACCACCUCCAGAUAACGUCAUACCCACUCGCUCUCCAGUUUUUCGCUGUACUGUGCUGUGCUGUCUCUCUGACCCAGCGUUGCGCUGAAGGAGUCAAGUGAAAGCGAUUCUGACGAAGGAACCCCACACAAUUAUAUCGGCACAAGCAAGUCUUGUCGAGGACUCGUAGUGAGGAAGGGAAAACUUGCAACAACCCAACUUAACAACUCUUCAACCUCACCACUUCACCUUUCUUCCGAUCUAUAGUCUCCCAAUCCGACAGAUCUCAGGUCAAUUUGAACACAACCAAUCCUAAUACCGCAACACCACCGACAAUUCCCUUCCCUUUAUACAAAUACCACCGACCAAAAAAAUGGCGUCCCUAGAAUCCACAACCUCAACCGACACCACCACAUCCUCCUCCUCCAUCUCUGAGCAAGGCUCCCCCGCCGCCAUUCCCCAAGAACUUACCUCCACCACAUCCUCCUCUGAAACCCUUGAGCGCCCCAAGAUGUCCACCCGAAAAUCCAGCGGCACCAUUAUCGUCCCACGGGACUCACGUAUCCAAAUGGAAGAUGGAGAGGAGGAAUUCGACGAGGACGAUGCGCGCACCAUGUCUCCAAGACGCAGUAGUCAAGAUGUCGAACAAAUGUCCCGAGACGCGAGAGCACACCUUGAUGAGUAAGUUGCCUUGCCUGCCCCCUUCCGAUCUGUAUCUAUAUUCAACAAUACUAACAAUUCUCCCACCAGACACGCAAAGAAACUCCAACAAUCCCUUCUAGAAAUCUUCAACCGAAUUGAGGCCGUCCGUGAAGAACACGACAAACUAGACAACAACAACAAAUUCCUCCAAAAGUAUAUCGGCGACCUCAUGUCCACAUCCAAGAUCACCUCCUCAGGCGCUGGCAGUAGAAAGAAGUAGGGGAAUCAACAUAUAGGGCUGGGAAAGAACUGAACCGGGGGAGAUAUCCAUUCAUGCCGUCAAUUUCAUGUUCGUCAAACGGUACAUACACAUGGGGGCGGCUUACUUCUGUUUUUAUGAGCUGCAUCGCAAAGGGCGUCACUACUUGUUGCUUUUUCUUUUCUUCUUUCUCUUUCUUCUCCUGCUUGAUCCCCCAAUCGUAUUUUACUGUUACUGCAGAAGGGCGACAUGCGACAUACCUCAAUUAGGGUUGGAAGAGCGGCAUUGCGUCAAGGCGUCUUUUGUUUGUUACACUUUUUUCACAUCAUACCCCAGAUCCUUCCACCUGGUGAUUCCACAAUCUGCUUCACAACGGUUGAAGUUGACAGACCAGAAUCGCCAACUUGGACAGACACUCACAAGACAAGGAUAUUUGAUUUCUUGUGAGUAAGACUUGUACACUACAUUUAAUGAUCAAAAAACCAUAAACUC